AUGCCUCCCAAAGCUGCUCCUCGUGGGGGCGCCCGUGGAGGUGCCGCCAACCGCGGUGCUCGCACUGACUCAACGACCACGACUCCCGCUGGCGGGGACACAACACAAAACGCGCCCUCGGCCACCGGUGCAGCCGGACCCGCGAGUCGAGGUUCAGUGCAACGACUUCAAUCUCUGAAUAAACGUACACCUUCUGGCAGCAUUGCGCCAAGUAGCCGACCACCUUCGGCGCUUGGCGGCGAGCCGCCUAAACCAGUCCUGAAACAUAGACCCAAGGCUGUUGGCCGUCGCAGCAAGCAAGAGCGAGAGGAGAUGGAGAGGCUUGAGAAGGAACGAUACAACGAGCGUCUCAAGGAGGCUGCCGCUAUCCAGCGCGGUCGCGGUGGUACUGCUCGUCGCGCUGGGUUCCGUGGCCGUGGUGGACCCAUGGCUAUGGCUGUGGGUGGAUUUGGUGGACGGGGUGGCAAGAGAGGCCGUGGCCGUCAUGGUGGUGGUGGUGGAUAUGGAGGAGGCCCUGGCGGCGCAGGCUCAGGAUAUAAUCGGUCUGGUGUUACUGGAGGCAACCGUGGACGCGCAUACGACUCCUCGGACGACGAGGAACAUGCACUCCGCAUCAGCAUCGAUCACAUCAACCUGGAUAGCGAUGAGGAGGAUUGGGACACACCGAAGGACUUCAAGGGCAAACAGCCCAGCAGAUCGUCCGGCGACCGUGGACUUCGUCCCGUCCGUGUUGAGCGACAUGAACACGAGGAAAGAGUCAUCAGCGUCAACAUGGAAUCUAGCUCGCACAAAGCAGCCGACAUCCGCAAAAAGGCAGAGAAGGAGAAGGCUGCGAAGGAUGUUGCUACUCCUGUCAAAGUUAAAGCUGAGCCGCGAGACGACGAUACAGCUAUGCCAGAUGCUAUUCCCCACGCAGACGAUGACGACUUCCUCCCAGAGCACAACGUUCGUGUGCGCUCAGCUCAAAGCAUGAGCCCAACGAAGAGAAGCACGACAGAAUUACGGUCAACUCAAGCCACACCCGAACCCGAAAUCCCAGACCCACGCAGCCUUCUUCACACCAAGGAGGAGAUUGAUGAAUAUGAUAGACACAUGGAGGACUUGGCUAUUAUCAGAGAUCUUCUCGUUCCCAAGGAGUCAAAGAAAGCCACGACAGAAGUAGAAACCAUCGAAGGAGCUGCCGAGGGUGAAACUGCUACAACAGAAGGGGAAGAUAAGGCCCAAGCGGGCGAAGCGAAGGAAGCGGAAGAAGAAGCGGAAGAAGAAGAGAAUCCCCUGCAAGGCCAGAUGUUCCUCAUGCAAUUCCCACCAAUGACUCCCAGCCUCAAGGUCGACGGAACUGAUCAAGGCGAUCAAUCUCAACCUGCGGCUGCAGCUGCAGCUCCCCAGGGCGAGAUCAAGCGCGAAGCAGGCGACGACGUGGAGAUCUUGGACAACCCCAAGUCCACCGAAUCACAAGAUAGCAACAUUCUCACAGCUGGCAAACCAUGGGUACUGCCCACCGGCCGUGUCGGCAAACUGAACGUACACCAGUCAGGCCGUGUGACUCUAGACUGGGGUGGCAUCAGUAUGGAGCUGGAUCGUGGAGCACCGGUAGGUUUCGUCCAGGAGGCAGUCAUCAUGUCCAAGAAACCACCCCUGCCUGCCGGUGCAAUUGAGGAUGACUCGGGCAACCUUAUUUGGUCUAUGGGUCAAUUGUCUGGCAAGUUCACAGUUACGCCCAAUUGGGACGAAAUGCUUUGA